AGCAGCCAAUCGGCGUCCCCGCGGCUCCCGGUUAUAACUCCUCCGCGGAAGCGCCGGGACUCAGAUGGUCCCCCGACGCCAAGGAUGCGGUUUCUGGGGCCCCCCACCCUCCUCCUGCUGCUCUCGGGGGCGCUGGUCCUGACCCCCAGCUGGGCCGGCCCCCACUCCCAGAGGUAUUUCUACACCAGCGUGUCCCGGCCCGGCCGCGGGGAGCCCCGCUUCCUCGCCGUGGGCUACGUGGACGACACGCAGUUCCUGCGGUUCGACAGCGACGGGGCGAGUCCGAGGGCGGAGCCGCGGGCACCGUGGAUGCAGCAGCCGUGGGUGGAGCGGGAGGACCCGGGGUAUUGGGACCGGCAAACGCAGAAGUUCAAGGCAGCCGCACAGGCUUUCCGAAUGGGACUGAAGAACCUGCGCGGCUACUACAACCAGAGCGAGGACGGGUCUCACACUGUCCAGUGGAUGUUUGGCUGUGAAGUGGGACCCGACGGGCGCCUCCUCCACGGGUACCAGCAGUGGGCCUACGACGGCGCCGACUACAUCGCCCUGAACGAGGACCUGACCUCCUGGACCGCGGCCGACAUGGCGGCUCAGAUCACCAAGCGCAAGUGGGAGACGGAGCGUUGGGCAGAGCGUCACAGGAGCUACCUGGAGGGCCCGUGUGUGGAGUCACUGCUCAUGUACCUGGACCAAGGGAAUGAGACCCUGCAGCGCGCAGACCCACCAAAGGCUCACGUGACCCACCACCGCGUCUCUGAGCGGGAGGUCACCCUGAGGUGCUGGGCGCUGGGCUUCUACCCUGCGGACAUCAGCCUGACCUGGCAGCGUGACGGGGAGGACCAGACCCAGGACAUGGAGCUGGUGGAGACCAGGCCUGCGGGGGACGGGACCUUCCAGAAGUGGGCGGCCGUGGGGGUGCCCCCUGGAGAGGAGCAGAGAUACACAUGUCAUGUGCAGCACGAGGGGCUGCCCGAGCCCCUGACCCUGAGAUGGGAGCCGCCUUCUCACAAAUUAACCAUCAUCAUGUGCACCUUUGUGGUCGUGGUUCUGCUGGGAGCUGUGGCUGUAGCUGUGAUGUGGGGGAGGAGGCGCUCAGGUGGGAAAGGAGGGAGAUUCGCUCAGGCUGCCAGCAGUGACAGCUCCCAGGGCUCUGAUGUGUCUCUCUCGGCUGCUAGAGGAGAGACCCUGCCGUGGGGAGGGGUGGGCAGAGGGGAGGACUGGGUGUUGGGGAGUCUGAGGGACACUGAGCAUGAAGUGGACUCUGAGAAUGUCACCAGUGACAGCCCUGACCUGACUCUGUUCAUGAUGCUUGUCCUCCACAGCGUGAGGCAACUGCAUUGUGGGGACCGAGUGAUGGAAGAUGUUCACGCUUCCACUUCCUGACUCAAGAACCUCUGAGUGGGGGGCUGACCCAGCCCUGCUCCCCACGCUUUCCUGUCAGCAGAGGUGGGGCGGGGCCCUCCCCAUCCCUGCCUUUACUCCCUGGGGCUGUGAGCUGCAACUUCCUGCUCCGAAUUGAAAUGAGAAUCUGGAUUGACCUGGUUUUUUAAUUCUUGCCCUGAAUGGUGUCGGGUAAUUGAAGGAGAUCCUUUAAUUAAGUAUUUUCUCAGAGGAAAUAAAUGGAGGCACCAAGGA